AUGCCAACUUACAAAAAAUUAGGAUCGAAAAGAACCCCAGGAUUAUAUACCUUUGAGGAAGCACAACUUAUUGAACUAUAUAAUCAAUAUUCGGAUAGAACAGAUAAAUGGAAGAUAAUUGCAGCUAAAUUAAAUCGUACUCAUCAAAGUGUUCGUGGACAAUAUGUUAAUCAUCUGGAUGAAUCUAUUGAUAAAUCCGAGUUAACAUACGAAGAAAAAUGUAAAAUCGAUGAUCUUCAAACCAAUCCAUGUUAUAAUAAUAAAUAUUAUAAGAAAUGGUCAGAAAUAGCGAAGAAAUUAUCAGAAAAUAGAAAGCAAGGAAGAAGAACUGAAUUACAAGUUAAAAAUUAUUGGAAUAGUAAAGAACGAAGUCAAAAACGUAAAAUUAUGAAUCUUUACGGCGGAGAACAUAUCGGUUAUGGAUCUUGUUAUGAAUCUUACGGCGGCGGAGGACAUAUCGAUUAUGGAUCUUGUUAUGAAUCUUACACCGGAGGAUAUGGUAUCAAUUGA